UUUGUUUUGUUCCAUUUACAUUCUCCACCUCACUCUUUUUUUUUUAAGCUCUUCAUUUUCAUUCUGAUAUUUUUUUGUGGAUAAGAAUCUCUAAUGGAUGUCCCAAGAUUACAUGGAGAUGCAGUGUAAUCAUCUCUCUCUCUCUCUCUCUCCAACCGCCCCAGAGUACCGAGGACUAUUCCCAGGUACUCCAUCGAACUCCUCAGGAAUGUGGCCUUAUUUCAUACUUGAAUUCCACUUUCUUGCAGCUUGCAGAUUAUGGGGUUAAUGGAUCUAACGUACUCGAUACUUCGAUAAUUUAGCUUGUUGGGGUUCUCGGUUUCGCGUAUGUUUCCACCUACCUGGCUUUUAGUUUCGAGAUUGAGAAUAAGAUUGGAUGUUUGUUGCAUUCAGUUAAUGGAUCCCGUAUGGGUUUUGAUUGGUUUAUCAUAAUUACUGUUUGUUAUGUUUGUUGUACUUUUUUACUUCUGAUUCUUUGUCCUUUGCCUACUUCUGGUUCCUUAUACACUCAAUGUGUAAAAGUUGACGAAUAAAGAAGCAAAAACUUGCUAGGAGUUAAGUCCUUUGAUGCUGUUUUUGGUCGUGUUGAUCGAUUUAAGAGUAUAUGUUACUGGUAAUUGCAAGAUUUAAUACACGUUUGCACUGGGCGGGGUCAGGUUUGGUUCAGUCAGAUGAAACCCAAUGUGUAAACCAGGAAAAGGAGRGAGAAGAAAAGAUAAAACCCAAUAUAAACWACAGUCGUUUGAGGAUUUGGGUUCGCUAUCAGCAUGGUUUUUCUGAUGUAUUGAAUUGUUACGUUGGUUUAGAGACCUAAUUACAUUUGUAUGUAACAUUUUAUGGAUUUUAAAUCGUAGCAAUCUGCUCUAGUUUGUUUGUUUUGACCUUUCCUUUUUUUUCUUUCCUUUUUGCCAUUGCCACAUCUUGUAUUAUAUCAAACCCAUAUUGCAUGUAACUCUAUUAUUUUCAUUGUUGCCACCAGCACCAUUGCCAUCAUCAGCGUUUUCAUGUGUUACUAUCUUGUUUUAUGUCUGAAACAAUGAAGUCUAGCCAAUACUAUUCACGCACAUAAUUAUGUAUUUAUUUUGAUUCUGGAAUUAUAUUGGCCACCUUUUGUCCACAUGGAGGUCCCCCCACCCCCAAGUACAAUUUUCAUCAAUUAUUUAGCUGAAUAAAUAUAAUCUAUUUGCAAAUAUCUCCCUCUUUUCAUUUACACUAGAAAUCAUGUCAUUUAAUCAGUGAUACCCAGGUCCUUGAUUUUACCUCAAGUACCUGUGUUAGAAUAUGACAUUGGUAUAAGCAUGGAAUGUGUCUCGGAUCCACCAAGUCGGUGUCUGWUUGUUCAAUGUGAGAAUUUGACAGAUUGUGUAUAUACCCACUUAGUUAGAGAACACCCAACAAAAGCUACUGGAUGAAAGCUUGAGUGAACAUAGCUGACUCCCUGUACCCAAAGGUUUUGAGGUCAAAUGAAUCUGACUCUUCGACACAUAACCUCACCUGAGACCCAAUACCCACACUCAAGUCUGUGUAGCAUAGCAACAAAAGGACUAUAAAAAGUUUUAGCUUUUUGUUUAUUAUUUUAGGGUAUGAACCUUUUGUCCAGCUGUUUUUUUUUCUAUUUAGAAUGGAAAUUUGUGUUUCCACUUGCAUUUUACUUUUGCUUCUUAAUCCCUGGAAAUGCUCUUUUAACUUUUCCAUUUCUGGGAACUCAUCAUAUUCAAGCACUUCAUAAAGUAUAUUUAGGUAUGGCUUCUAAGCUGGUUAAUAGUUAGUUUAUCUAAUUACAUUUUUAUGUAAUUGUGUUCAUGAUAUCUGAUCCGCCUUUCCCUUUUUGUGUUUUUUAGAUUACUGAAGGAAAUUUUCUGUAYUAAAUUAUUACUUUCUCGUUUUUGGUGGUKUCUUAUUGUUCUGRAAUUAUACAGCUACAUAUACUGCCCCUUCUCAUCAUGUGUCUUCUUGUUACUUGUGUGAUUUUUUAUAAUGUACAAAAUCUUAGAAUACCUUUCCUUMUAUUUUCACCAUGCCUCCGUUUCCUCUAUACACUUCUGUAUUUGAAAUCAAUGGCCAUUGCAACAACUUGAAUCAAAGARUUAGCAUUUUCUUCUGGUGUGUGAUUCUUCAAUACCAAGCAGAAUAGUUUAUAUGGUUUUUGUUUAAUUUUGAAGUAUUACUCAUAUGAUAUGGGUUGGCCCAAACAGCCAAUUUCUUUUUGGCCAACUUGUGGAAYUGUAUGAAAGUUGCUUGUAUAAAAACUAAGGGUAAAAUACAGAGAACUACCUUGUACCAUAGAGAGCUAACCUUUACUUUCAGAUUCCAACACUUAGCUCCUUCCGUUAGCAUUCCAGCAGUUUUGAACCAAUGAGGCCAUUUUUCCCCCUGGUUUGUUGUUGUUUAGAACAAACAACGGUGGACAGUCUACCUCUUUCAACUCUCUUUUGUCUCCCUCUUAAACAAAUGGAAAGAAAAAAAAAAAAAAGAAAAAGAUAGGAAAUUUACAAAAGCUGGGUUUUGGAGAUGCAAUAUAGGGAAGGGAAAAAUGUUCUCAGAACAAGGUCAAAACUUACAGAAUGCUAAUGGUAGGAACAGAGUUUUGGAAUCUGAAAGUACAGGAUAGCUCUCUGUCUUAAAUGAAAGUUCAGGGACCUAAGUGUCACUACCCCCAAAGUAUAGGGUAGUUCUAUGUAAGGAAAAAAGGCAAGUAAUUGAUUUUUAUGGUUUAGCUUUAGGAUAUUUCUUUCCAACCAAGUCUGGAAAUAUGAUGCUGGCUUAUGUUUGUAGUCCUGUUCUGCAUAGGACUUCCAAGGAGGUAUUGAUUCAGAUUGUUCUUAUUGGGCAAAUGUAAUUUAAAUCGGUGUUUUAAAUUCUCUGGACUGCUUGAAGUUCUUCCUAGCUGUGCAAUCUGAAGCUGAAGUCCAAUCAAAGUAUUGAGGUUGGCCAAGGCAGCUUAAGGAAACAUUAGUGUGGAAGAUAUGAGAGAGUUUGGUGCCAAGGGGACUGACUCCAGUAUGUCAUCCAAGAAUCAGAACGGAACAUUUAUGAACAAGAAAGAAUUGGUUCAUGCAUCAAAUGGAAAGGUUCUAACAUUGAUGGAAGAAUUUGGCGUCAAACCAGAUGUGAYAACAUUUAGCACUAUCAUGAAUGCAUGGAGUGCAGCAGGACUCAUGGAUAGAUGCAGGGAGAUAUUUGAUGACAUGUUGAAGGCUGGUAUUGAACCUGAUACCCAUGCAUACAGCAUUMUUGCAAAAGGUUAUGUGYGUGCACGAGAACCUGAGAAGGCUGAGGCACUCUUGACAGCCAUGGUUGAAUCAGAUGUAGUCCCUAAUGUUGUAAUUUUUACUACUAUAAUCAGUGGAUGGUGCAGUGCAUCCAAAAUGGAAUAUGCAAUGAGAGUUUUUGAGAAGAUGUGUGAAUUUGGUGUUUCUCCCAAUUUGAAGACAUUUGAUACCCUGAUAUGGGGAUAUGGAGAAGCAAAACAGCCAUGGAAAGCAGAAGAGAUGCUCCAAACCAUGGAAGAGGUGGGUGUCUUGCCUGAGGMAAACACUAUCCAACUUGUAGCAGAGGCUUGGCGUGCCAUUGGUUUGGUGAGUGAGGCCACUAGAGUACUGAAUACCAUGAAAGAACAGGAAGUGAUCCAAACAUCGGAUACAAAGAGGGAUGAGAUACCAGUGGAGAGUMUGGAGAAGAUUUAUCAAARGCAAAAUCUGAGUGCUUAUCCCAAUGUGUUACAGAUACCAGGAGUAGUUAUGAAUGACCAACAUGGAUCUGCUGCUACCAUCAGAAGAAGCCGGAUGGUGUUGAGAGACACAGAAGUCUCAUCAGAAAGCCUCUGGACUGCUACCAAAUCCAUGUAUCUUAUGCAUACAUGUAAAUUUGGGGCAAAAGCACCUAUGAGAUGCAAGAAACAGUCACUUAUUCAGCUCRGGAUACRUCCRCAGAAUGUAAAUUCAUAUAGAGUGGYCUUCCUGAACUAAGACGUGGCAACGGAUGGCCUGUGUUUAUUGAUUUGUUUAUAGAUAUGACAGUGCUGUGGUAUUUCAUUGAUUUUCCAUUGGAGUGACAACUUUUGAUGUUGCAGCAGCUGCAUCUACUCCUAAGAAACUGCAAAG